AUGCCACAAAUUUUAAAUUCGAAGUGGCAGUUUGGGCAGCAGCAGUUCUUUUCAGUUUCACAUGAGCUGCCUCAGUGCAACAUUCUGGAGAAGGCGACGGACUGCGCUUACCGCGCAGUUCGGAAGUACAUAAUUGAGUGGAUUUUAUCGACAGAUAUGAAAAUGCACUUCGACCACAUUAGUGCUUUUCGAACCAAAAGAAUCAACGGAGAAUUCAACAUUGCCAGCAACGAAGAAGACAGAACCCGCGUCAUCUCCAUGUGCGUCAAAGCGGCGGACUUGGGCCACGCCGCCACUUCUUGGGAACAGCACGAGGAAUGGUGCAGACGCGUGGUGACAGAGUUUUAUGACCAAGGGGACGAAGAGGAGCGUCUGGGGCUUCCGAAGUCCUUUCUCUGCGACCGUUCGCUGCAUGAGAAGGAAUUUGUGUCUUCUCAAAUUGGUUUUAUCAACUUCGUCGUGAAACCGCUGUACGAUGAACUGAAGUCGAUGGACGAAACGCUGCAGCUGUCGAAGCGGCAAGAACUCGCGCACAUUUGCGUCGCCAACAUCGAGGCGAACGCCGCACACUGGCAAAGAGGACAAAAGGAAAUUUAG